AUACUUUACACAUUGAUAUACUCCUUAAAAUUUAACAAUUAAUCCAUAUUAAUUUUAAAAUAUUGAAUUUGCAUACAAUAGCGCCUCCAAGUAAACGUGGACGCCAUAAAGGAUUGAACACGCGGGAAAAGAUGGAACAGUUGGGGCGUCCUCUCCCUCUCGAGUGGGAUGUGCGAGGGAGAACAUAUAAAGAGAUCGGAGAGUACAGCUCAAAUUUCUCAAGAGAGCUCGGAUUACUUGUUCGACAGUACACAGAUCCGGACUGUCCUCAAUGGUCAAAAGUACCAAAUGCCUCGAAAGAAAGAAUACUUGCACAUUUGGAAGAUGAUUUGUUUGAUAUUGGGCGUGCUAGAUAUGGAGAAGGGCAUAUGUCUGGGAUCUUGAGAGGCAUUGAUACUUCGUGUGCUAAAAAGUAUUCUGACUGGAAGUACGAUAUUAAAGAGCAUUUAACGAUUAAUGGGCCACAAAAUCGUUAUGGUGGUUGCACGGAUACGCAGUGGUAAAAAGCAAUUGA